GAAGGCAGGCGACAUUAAUGGUAGAGCGAGCGGCUUUGAUAGGUUUUCGUAUCGUCAAAAUAACGCAGAAUUAGUUGAAGUUAAACAAGAGAUUCGUCGCAGUUGAAGAAUUACGUAGGUCACUUACAUACAGGAGGAACAUCCGACUGAUGCUUGGGAACAACAUAUUUCAUUUCUUGUGUCUGCCUGAGAGUGAAUAGCCAGCAUGAAAACCAGAUCUAGUAGCAGAGGCAGAGGUGAAAGCUGUUCACUCAAGAGGACGAAUGAAUCAAGAGGAAGUGCAUCAGACAUCAGUCAAAGUGCACAGCAUGAUAAUACAAAUUCCAACAGAAGUUUUAUAGGAUUGACCAAAAACAGCAGGAAAAGAAGGCAUUCUGAUGUUACAUGUAGCAGUAAGAAGGCAGCGACUAACUACCAGGAAGAAUCCAAACAUGUCAGUAAGGAUGACCAGCUUACAAAUGUUCUAAAUAAAACAGUGUCAGUGGUGCUAGAGCCACUUGAUAUGGAGAAGCGUAGGAAGAAUGAAUCAAGAGGAUGUGCAUCAGACAUCAGUCAAAGUGCACAGCAUGAUAAUACAAAUUCUAACAAAAGUUUUAUAGGAUUGACCAAAAACAGCAGGAAAAGAAGGCAUUCUGAUGUUACAUGUAGCAGUAAGAAGGCAGCGACUAACUACCAGGAAGAAUCCAAACAUGUCAGUAAGGAUGACCAGCUUGCAAAUGUUCUAAAUAAAACAGUGUCAGUGGUGCUAGAGCCAUUUGAUAUGGAGAAGCAUAUGCAGGCUAAGGUUGCAAAUCGCAAUAAAAAAAAAUGCAUCGGUAAUGACUCUGUCAGAGAUGUCAAAGUAACUGCUAAGAGUUCAGAUGGUUGCAACACAGAAAAUCAAGAGGACUCGACAACAGGAAGCAGACAAAGGUGUUUGCAGAAAUCCACUCAUCAUGAUGGCAAAGAACUACAUAACAGUGAUCAGAAGAAUGUAGCAUCCCUCAGCUUGAGUGAUGAUGAUGACCAGGGGUUGUUGGAGAGUUCGACCCAUCAGAGCAGAAGACAGUUGUGGGAUGCUUCCCACAAAAUGAGUUCAGAAUUUCGUCGAGAACGCCGUAAAAUAUAUAAGAAGCCAGUCUGUAUAUGUUGUGUAGGAAAAGAUAACAACAGUGGAAGUGAAAUAAGAGUUGCAAGUGAUGGCUUGAAGGCAAAACAUAACAAACAUAUGGAGAAGAGCAUCAGAAAUAGUGAUGUAAAUAGAACAGCCAGUAGUACCCAAAAAAGAAAAACUGUUGUGGAUGCUUCUCACAGCAAAGUAAAAGAUGCUGAUUAUCAGUAUGGAGGCAGACCACUAACUACAGAGCACAGCAGUACAAGCUCUGAAACUGUCACAACUCUCAAGAUGAUGACUGAAGUAUUUAAAGAUGGCCAGUCAUCCAGAAACAGAGAGAUUAUUAACAGCCACAGUAGUAGGAGGUCAGUCACACCAACUUCAUGUUCUGUAGCCACAACACCUUUGCAGAUGAGAGACAGUGCAGCUUCACAACCUGGUCAUGCACUUACACAUUUAGAAGUGGACCCAUACUUGCGUCGACGGUCAGCAUCAGCGCCUCCUCAGUUACAGUUGGGUGACACUUUUCGAAAAACUGUUGAUGUGUUUGCGCGUUUACUUCAGGAUGUGGCAGCACAUCUGCAGAAAUGUGGUGAUACAUUAAGUGACCAUAAUUUUGAGCAUAUGGUAGCUGGUGUUUCUCACUUGGUGUCCAGCUGCACAUGCCAUUCACCCAUUGGGUGUUUGGUAUCCAGCAUUCAUUGUAUGAAUGCAUUAAAAAGAAGACUGGCUGCAGAAUUAAAUGUGAGUUCACUAUCAAAUGGUGAUGCAGUACAGCCAGAGGCAGCAGGCACAGAAUCAAAUGGGAAUUUAAUGGGAAGAUUCCAUCUAGAAGCAAGCAUCAAAGAGAAGACCAAUACAGAAGCCAGUGUAGAAGGAGGUAGUAUAUCUGAGUCUGCACCUCAGUGUGAUGCCACAACAUUAACAAUGAAAUCCAGAAACAUGUUGGCUGCUGAGACCUGCAUAAGCACAUCACACACCACUUCUCUUACUGAAGAGACAAAUGACACACCAUCACCAGUAGGUAGCACUGAUAAUGCACAUAUUGAAGCAAGUAUCGGAGAAACAGCCCGACUGGAAGCAAACACAAAAGAGAGUACCAGCACAACAACAUGUAUAACAGAAGACAGUGUCUCAAAGUCAGCAUCAGAAUAUGGUGCAAUGUCGUCAUCAGUUGAGCCCAUAAUCGUGGUGUCAGCUGCUGGGACAUUUACUAGUACUAGUUCUUCACCCACUGGAGGCACAAAAGAAAUCCUGGACCUACAUGAAGUGGAUACUGUAGUUUCUCAUCAGAAUAAUGUAAAUGACAGAGUGGAUGAUAGAACAGGGUGUGCCAGCUCCAAGAGUAAUGUAAUGUGUGGGAGUGCAGAACGAGAACAAGAUGGUGAACGGAAUACUUUUGACUCCGUCUGUCUCUCUAUGGAAGAGAUUGAAAUAAAGGAAGAAGUUGAAACCUCAGAAAGUGACAGUGAAUCAGAGUUGUCUGAAAAACAGUACUCACAAAAUGGGACAGAAUCUGAUGCAGGUAGUUGUGGUCCUGAAGGGGAAGAGACAGACAGAGAUGAAAAUAUGGUUGAGGUUGAGUGUAACAUUGUCGAGGCCUUAGAUCUAAGUAACCACACCAGAAAUGAAUCACAUAUGAAAGAUCAGAGAAUGGAGGCACAGCAUGAAUAUGGCAAUAACAGCACAGAAAAUGAUGUUGCUCAGGAUGCUUCUAGUAAUGGAGUGAAUACUGCUCCUGCUGUCAACAGGGGAAGUGAUACUGAUGCAGUCAACAAUACUGGAUACAGUGGAGGUGGGUAUGGUGAGGGUGAUGUAUAUUAUGGUUUCAACGGAAAUGAAGAUGUUGAGGACACAAUUGAUGAACGGUAUGGUGGCCACAUUAAUGAAGAAAAUGUUGGGGACGCUACUGCUGAACAAGUUGUUGCCCAAGGUAAUGAUGACGGUGUUGAGGGCACCAGCACUGAAGUCAUCGUUGUCCCCAGUACUGAAGGCAGUGGUCAGGACACCAGUGCUAAUAAGCAGGUGUCAGCUGCUGGGACAUUUACUAGUACUAGUUCUUCACCCACUGGAGGCACAAAAGAAAUCCUGGACCUACAUGAAGUGGAUACUGUAGUUUCUGAUCAGAAUAAUGUAAAUGACAGAGUGGAUGAUAGAACAGGGUUUGCCAGCUCCAAGAGUAAUGUAAUGUGUGGGAGUGCAGAACGAGAACAAGAUGGUGAACGGAAUACUUUUGACUCCGUCUGUCUCCCUAUGGCAGAGAUUGAAAUAAAGGAAGAAGUUGAAACCUCAGAAAGUGACAGCGAAUCAGAGUUGUUUGAAAAACAGUACUCACAAAAUGGGACAGAAUCUGAUGCUGCUGCAUUUGGUCCUGAAGGGGAUGAGACAGAUAGAGAUGAAAAUAUGGUUGAGGUUGAGUGUAACAUUGUCGAGGCCUUAGAUCUAAGUAACCACACCAGAAAUGAAUCACAUAUGGAAGAUCAGAGAAUGGAGGCACAGCAUGAAUAUGGCAAUAACAGCACAGAAAAUGAUGUUGCUCAGGAUGCUUCUAGUAAUGGAGUGAAUACUGCUCCUGCUGUCAACAGGGGAAGUGAUACUGAUGCAGUCAACAAUACUGGAUACAGUGGAGGUAGGGAUGGUGAGGGUUAUGUAUAUUAUGGUUUCAACGGAAAUGAAGAUGUUGAGGACACAAUUGAUGAACGGUAUGGUGGCCACAUUAAUGAAGACAAUGUUGGGGAUGCUACUGCUGAACAAGUUGUUGCCCAAGGUAAUGAUGACGGUGUUGAGGGCACCAGCACUGAAGUCAUCGGUGGCCCCAGUACUGAAGGCAGGGGUCAGGACACCAGUGCUAGGAAGUGCGGUGAUGGACAUGGUACUGAAGAUGGUACUGGGGAUGCCAAUGCUGCCGGGGAUGAUGGCAACAGAAAAGAAGACAAUGUUGGAGAUGCCAAUGAACCUGAGUUAGUUGAUGCCUCUCAGUACAAUGAUCGUUGGCAAUAUUUUGAACACCCUCAUGGUGGUGGUUAUGCAGGACCUUACUAUGAACAACUGUAUGACCCUGAUGUUGUCUCUGUCCAUGCUUUGGUAAGCACUCUGCGACAUUUGAAUGGUUUUCCAAAUGGCUGUUUUCAUAAGCAGGUUGAAAUUAGAGUAUAUAGUGGAGGUGUCUGGCGAGUUUUUCAGAUACCUCAACCUUAA